UAUUUGCACAAGCAACACCCAUAACAGAUUAUUCGGAUACGACGAUUGACGUCACACAGUAUCUAGAAUCUGCUUCAAAAGAAGUCUUCUCUGUCGAAAUUAAUCGUAUUGAUGACCUCGUAGACGAUGAUGGUGAACUAUUGGCUGAAAGAUUAGAAUCGGUUAUUAUUGAAUUCGAAUUGAAUGAUGACCAGCUUCUUGUAAAUAACGUGCCAGUAGGAUUGGGUGUCACCAGUAUCACAGAAAUCGAAGCGAAAAUCAUUUCUACCACCAACAGCACCGAUGAUGAAGCUAUCGAAGAAUUGGAUGAUUCCUUCGACAUUGGUCUUGUAACUGUUGAAGUAUCAUCCACAGCUGAAUCAUUCCCCACCGAAGAUCCUAGCGUGUCACUUCGCCGUGUCACCAUCUCGACUCGCAUCAUUGAAAUCGAUGGUAUUGAUAUCGUGCAAACUGAUGCUGUUGAAAAGAUUCUUGAAGUGAAGACACUCAAUGUUCUCGAUGACGAUUCUGAGGAUGUCGAGUUUGUACCAAACACUGGUGAUAACUUGGAAUCACCAUUAUCAAUUACCCAUGAUGGUGAAGCAUCACAUGCUCCAUGCUCUCUUUCUACAUUCGCUGGUCGUGUUCGUCAUUGGUGGAGAUGUGCAUCUCGAUUCACCCGCGUCAUCAUUGCCUCAAUUUUCCUCACCUCUGCCUUUGGUCUCAUCUUCAUUGCUCUCCCAACUGCCGCUCACUCUCUUAUCCUCGCUGCUCGCCGACGUCGUGGUAUCUACCAACAAGUUGCAGUACACGAAGAAGAAGAACGCCCCAAAAAUGAACAAGUCAUUUAUGUCGCUGAUGAGGAAAAGCGAGCUUUGAUGGAUCAAGAAAUUAAACAUUAA